AUGGCGUCGAAGAAAAAACUUGUGGUCAUAGCUGCAAUGCUUUUGCCGGAAGAAGAUGACGAGGAGGUUAAAGAAAAGAAACGUAUUUGGAGCCGACAUGCACUGGCUUCUAGAUAAAAAAAACAAAGGUUAUUUCGGUCAGCUUCUUCCCGAUCUGGCUGCCCACGACACACCAGGAUUUGAAAAAUUUAUGCGAAUGGAUUUUGAUCAUUUCAAAAAGAUAGUUGAUAAUCUAUCUGAAACGCUUUACAAGAAAGACACAAUAAUCGCUUCGAUAUUUGGCAGCGCUACAGCACGCUGUCCGCACAGAAGCGAAUUUCAUUGGCUUUCUUAAAAUAGCCCAUGCGUUUCCUGCUCAAACAAUGCUUGGGUAAUCCGAUAUUUUCGGCAAUCGUUGCCGAAAGUUCAAGCAUUUCAACUUUCCGCAACGAUUGCCGAGAAUAUCGGGUUGCAAUUGCGUUACCGCGCCAGAUAUGUUACACGGGCAAUUUCAUCACCGCGCGAGUAACGCAAUAGGGAGUUUACCAUCUGCGACGCGGCCGGCUCAACGACGCGGUCUAAAUUUUAACUCAAGAAUGAGCGCUAAGCAAUUCGAUUACUUUAAUAAAUAUUUGACUCUUUCAAAUAACCUUGCAAAAUGUUAUGUUCGGCUAAAGCGAUGCAAUGUUUGCUGUAAUUUCGACUUUUAGUAACACCUCUUGUGUCGCAUUAAGCUUUCGCGUUGCCUGAAAGACGUAAUAAUGCUUUUUUAACGUUGUGUUGAGAAUGACAACGCGGUUGACAAUACUCAUGGGACCACAAAUCAUCGACAGUUUUUGUCUUGCAUGACAAAUUUCUUUGUAAGUUCUUUGUAGGUUUGCAUGGCGAUAAAACAUAAUACUAUUGUUUGUGGAAACACCAAAUUUCUUUGUUUUGAAAGCGCGUCGUCGAGCCGGCCGUGUCGUAGAUCGUAAACUCCCUAAUGAAAUUUAACCCGUUGCGUUGCCGGCGCGAGAAAAAAAUCGCACGUGUAACUGGAUAAAUUCAUGGCAAAUGAUAUGCAUAUGAUAAAUAUAUGCAUAUGAUAAAUUCAUGGCACCUGACCCUAAUCCCAACCCUAAUUUUGUGAAAGUCGUGUAUCCGGUAUCCACACUGACUAUGAUUUUAGUAGCGGAAUUUACACAGCUUCGAUCAUGUUAUAUACCCAUUAUCAGUAACCUUGCCCGCUCAUUCCAGUGCUACAGUAUGUAUAUCUAUACUGAAAAAAAAUUAAUAAAAAAAUACAAAAUCAAAAAAUACAAAAAUGAAAAAAUCAAAAAACACAAAAAUAAAAAAAUACAAAAAUAAAAAAGUAAAAAAUACAAAAAUGUAAAAAUACAAAAACUGUUUUUGUGCUGUCGCGUCUGGGCUGCCGUAAUAAACGACACACUUUGUUAGGAUCAAAUUUCUUUCUCGUUUUUAAUUAUAAAUAUGCAUUCUCUGAUGUUUGCCAUCCCUGUAUACAGCUAUUUUAAUUAAGGUUGUCGCCAAGCAAAGCGAAAAAGUCGAAUACGAGCGCGAAAGGCUUGCUGGGAAUUUUUAGCGAUUCCCAGCAAGCCUUUCGCGCUCGUAUUCGACUUUUCCGCUUUGCUUGGCGACAACCUUAAAUUAAUAAAAUAGCUGCAUAUUUAUAAUUUGUAACACAUGAUAUCGCAAGGCACGUGCGUGAUUGGCAUUUCGCAGGAAGUAAAUAAUAAAAUUCUGCUCUGAUAUGAUAUGAUAUGAUUGGUCAAUCUAUAGAGCGAAUUUGAAUUUAUUAUAAGGGGCGGCACGAAAAUUUAUUAGAAGCGACUGCAGGCUCUUCCUGUCCGUAACCAGAGCCUGCCUCGCAGGCUAUAUCUAUUAAGUUCUUAAGUUUUCGUUGCGUGUGACGGACUAUGGCACUCCCCACAUUCCUGACGUCAAAAGCGAUGUUUGGACCGAAAAUUAUUAUUGUUAUUAUUAUUAUCUUCAUAUUUAUUCAGGAUACCCACAUCACCGAAGUGUUUUUCAGUGGGGCCGUGCAAAAUAGGCCUAAACAAUUUAUAACAUUUUGCUUUAGAUCACCGCUUUAACGGUAGCUUGCUAGUGCGUCUUCGUGCAUUCUCUGGACCUGGGUGUGUUCUUCACUGCUUACAUAACGAAUGCUGUAGAUCAGUGAAUUACUGGAAAACAGGAAUGAGCAGCGCAGAAACGGAAAACUGUGAAUUAUUACACGUCCUUGCGACAGAUCAUCCUGAGUAUCUUAUAGAAGACAUAAACUACGAUUAUUAUAUCUUGGUCCAACCAGUUCGUGUAAGUAACCAGAUCGUGUAACUCAAUCAACAAGAAGAUUUAUAGUUUGAUCUCAUUAAUUUCCUGCAAUGAAAUUGGUUCUUUUUCAAUUCUUUAGCCCAGGAAUUGUAACUGUCUUACUUGCGACGGUGGAACAUUUUGUCUCAAUGAAAAGUGCUCGUGCACAUAUGACAACAAUGGAAGGAGACAAUGCACGGGUAUUUAUAUAAUUCCGAGUAUACACAAGAGCGAUAGGAGUUGUAGCAAAAUGCGAUGCAUGCACCGCAUGUAUAGCUAGAAUAUAAAUUUGCGUGAUUAAGAAAUGACUGUCUCGCUCAAGACCAGACGCUGGUCUGUAGCCCGAGUCCACUACUUUUUACCUGAUUGUCUGUGUGCACGUUGUGAAAAUAGAUGAGGGGAUGACGGCCGGGAAUAAUUUUAAUUCAACUUAUAAUAACAACAUUGUCAUGGAAAUUUUUAGAUGGAAACUUUAAGAUAUUCGUAAGCAGUGCUGGAAAAGGAUAUGUCAAUCCAGAUGAUCAUCAACAUGCCAUCAUUAAGAUCAAUGGUACAGAUUACUCACAAAGUAAACGUGGGUUUAACUUCGUUGUUGUUGAUGGUGAAAAUGGUAAGCUCAUACACAGUCACUUUUAAUUAUUUCAUCUGCUAAAAAUUUAUGCAAUCCUAGUAAUUGCAUGGUAAAAAGGUGUUAUCGUUUUAUACAAUACAAAAAAAGUCUAUGCACCUAAUGCAGUUCGAUAUUUUCUAGGAUAUGUUGAACAAAAGAUUUCUUUUGAUACACAUGGAGAUCAAUCCCAAGUACAAAUGAUGAUCGAAUUUUUAUAUGAAACAAAGUCAAAAAUGAAGUAA